UGUAACCGCGAACACGUUCAGCACUCGUCCAACACGCAACGGUAACAUAACACGGUCGCGAGUCUUAUACGAUUUGAUUUGAAAUAAUUGUAUUAUUGUAAUAUUAGAUUGGUCAUCCGUCCUUUUGUCUGACAACCGUUCUUUACACUUGUCUCAGUUUUUUUUUUUUUUAUUGAUCCUUGCAAUUUUUUGUUCGCCGCACAGCCGUAUACACCGUCGUCGAAUCCCAAACCAAUCAGAUUUCUAAGUCGUCGAAGUAAACAAAAUAUACACAAUGAACAAAUUACUAUCGAUUGCCGUCUUGUUAACCGUAGCUGUUUGCUCGUGUCAUGGUAUCUCGAAUCGUAGGAGCAUCAGAUCAGAAGCAUCAGAUGUUUCUGUCGACAUAGACCCGAUGUCUGUUGACACCAUCGCACCACGAGAUUCAGCAGCUGCAGAGGCUGUCGAUGUGUUCAAUACAGUCAGGGACAAUAAGGGCGAUAACAAGCACAAGAUGGAGGUCAUGCAAAUGGGCCUUAGCUACGUGAAAAUGGUGCUCAGCACUCUGAUGGCAGUCAUCGGUCACGUGUUUGCGUUCAAAAGCGUCGGGCUGAGCCUGAUCAGCGUGCUCAUCCAGAUCGCACAGUUCAUCAUGGCGCUGAAGAAGAACCGUGAGAGCCAGCCGCCGUCGUACAAGAUCGUCGAGACCCCGUGGCACACCUCGCCCACCGAGUCGUACGGCGUUUACGRUUCGUACGCCGGCCACGCCAAGUCAUCGUCAGCUGCGGUCAACUACUCGCCGUACGCCGCAGCGCAGGUCAGGAGACGCCGAUGAUAACGGCGACGGUGACUGAAGGAUAUCCGGUCUGCGGAAACCGGCAAGAUGACAUUAAUAUUUACGUACCUUUAUUAUUAAAGCAAAUAACAACAAACAAAAUGCUCACCCGCCGUUGCGGAGGUAUAUAUUAUACGUCUUACCGCGGAACAUAACAUUUCGGCCAUUUUUAAUUACCUAUUAUUAUUACUAUUAUUAUUAUUAUCAUCAUCAUCAUCAUUACCUAUUUAUUAUUUUAUUUAUUUAUCAUGACAUGUGUGGAUGUUACUCGCUUACAUGCGAAUAUCCCUAUAUUAUAUUAUUAUUCCCUAUUCAUUAUGAUUCGUUUCGUGUCGUCGUCUGCAGCCAUAGUCCGUAGUUGACCGCGCACGAUUGCGUUUAAUACAAUAUUAUGAUUAUUAUGUAAUUUAAUUGUUUAUUUGUAAUGACUUAUUUGAUUUCACGAAA